CUCGGACUAAAUACUCCGCACAGUGCUUUGGCCUUCUGCCACACCGUUUUUGUGGAACAAUAGACGAUGUGGUAUCAACGCUGCCCUGACCACAAUAUUUAUUGCCCUGCAUGUCUGAAGUCUCUAUUUUGCAACCUUCAUUAUUCCACACCAGUGCAACGUUGACUUCUCGUCGCUCGCAAGCUUCACGAAACAUCUAACACCAUCAGAAUAAGAAUGCGAUACCCAACCCCCUCAUCAACCAAGCCAUCUGAAAGUUCACGGGCCACGAAACAUCCUUCUCGGUCCCCGAAAGAAAAUGCAGCGCCCUCCAAAGGUGUUCAUGCACGCAAGCACGAUCUCAAAGCUCUCAAGACUCGACGCGCUUCGCAUUAUGAUCCUAAACCGCCACGUAUCACAGUCCAUGGGUUACCUGGUUAUACUGGCGGCAUCUUGCCACCCGAUGCAGUAGACCCUCGCCCUCCCGCACUUCCCUUGGACGGUUUCGAAUGUAUUCGCACAUUAGGCGACGGCGCUUAUGGUCUCGUCCUACUCGUGCGAGCGUGCGAUCGUCCAAACGUAACGAAACUGGAACGCCCAGGAUCACUAUUCGCCGUGAAAGUGCUCUCCAAAGAAAAGAUGAAAAUGAUCGAUCAAAAACACCCUGCGGAUGCUAAUGCCGAGAGGACGCACCUGUCUGAAUUGCCCUGGAGUCCCUGGGUGAACGGUGUCGUAGGCGCCUUCAGAGACGAAUUGAACCUUUACCUCAUGCUGGAAUUUAUACCGAGCGGGUGUUUCUACGACGUGAUCCAGACGCGUGGCCCUUUCGACGCUGCCACCGCCCGGUUCUACUUCGCCAACAUCACAGCUGGGCUUUAUUUCCUUCAUGGAGAAGGAAUUAUUCAUCGGGAUCUCAAACCAGCAAACAUCCUCGUUAGACCCGAUGGGUAUUUGACCAUCGCAGAUUUUGGAUACGCCCGUUCAGCUGAUGAUGAAGGACAAAUCACGGACUGGAUGAUGAUCGGGACGCCACUUUACAUGUCCCCUGAGGUCUUAUGUUACCAACAUAUGACAGGACGAAGCGUCGACUGGUGGGCGGCAGGUGUCACGUUGUACGAAAUGCUGACGAAGAGAACGCCAUUCUUCGGCACGAGCGAAAAUAAAAUAUUCAAGAGGAUCUCCUUGGGGAAGUACAAGUGGCCCAAGGGCCUCCGCGUGGGCGCAUCUCUCAAGUCCAUCGUCAAAGGACUCUUGAACACGACGGCCGAGCAUCGUCUGGGUGUGAUUGAUUCCGUUCUCGAGCACCCAUGGCUCAACAACAUCGAUUGGGAUAAAAUGGAGGCCGGGCGCUACAUGGCCCCUUGGGUUCCUGAGGUGCCUGCACCUACUCAGACAUGGUUAAAUAAAGGCCUUCCGCCGCCGCAUUACCUCCCUGGUCUCAAGGUUUGCGCACCGGCUGUGCACCGUGAGUGGGAUGAUCGUCAACCCAGGAAAAAAUUGCCCAUCUAGUUGACUCCAACUGCCAUGACUUUUCUAUUAUUACUUAUUGCACACCAAUGACUCGCCUGUACCGCUUCCACUACUGUACUGAUCCAGAAACUUCACAAAUAAAACUUAUUUUUCACUUCA